AAUUUUCAUUUAUCUCUCCAAAAUAAUAAUCCAAUUCAGUAACAAUUCUUCAAUCUUUAACCAACAACUUGGGCUUAAAUUUGAAUUAUAUUGACCGAAUUAUAACUUUUGUUGUAACCGAAUAAUCCAAUCUGGUUUCAAGUCAUUUGCUACAAUUUCCAAUUCAGAUCUGAAUAAUUAGGAUUCUCCGUAAAUAAGCAUCAACUUUAUUUUUGUUUGCAAAAUUUCUAAAAUUUUCAAACCUAUAGUUACUCAAUUUCACUCAUAAUUUAUCAUAAUUUAUCAUAACAAUGGGUUUUGAACAGAGAGGUAGCCGUGGAGGUGCCAGAGGCGGCUUCGGAAGCAGAGGUGGCUUUGGAAGCAGAGGCGGUUUUGGCAGUAGAGGAGGCUCCAGGGGUGGAGCCAGAGGUGGUCGUGGAGGAUCAUCAAGAGGAGGUCCUAGAGGAGGCUCUAGAGGAGGUCCUAGAGGUGGAGCCCGAGGCGGUCGUGGCGGAGCCAGAGGAGGUCGUGGUGGAGCUCGUGGAGGUGCCAAAGUAGUUAUUCAACCUCAUCGUCAUGAUGGUGUUUAUGUUGCAAAAGGUAAAGAAGAUUUGUUAGUCACUAAAAAUUUUGCUCCAGGUGAGAGUGUUUAUGGAGAAAAAAGAAUACAAGUUGAACAACCUUCGACUCAGGAAGGUGUUCCACCAACCAAAAUUGAAUAUAGAGUCUGGAAUCCUUUCAGAUCCAAAUUGGCUGCAGGUAUUAUGGGUGGUUUAGAUGAUUUAUUCAUUGCCCCUGGAAAAAAAAUCUUAUAUCUCGGUGCUGCUUCAGGUACCUCAGUUUCUCAUGUUUCGGAUAUCGUUGGGCCCGAAGGUUUAGUAUAUGCUGUAGAAUUUGCUCAUAGACCUGGAAGAGAAUUGAUUAAUAUGGCUAAAAAAAGACCUAACAUUAUACCCAUCAUUGAAGAUGCUCGUCAUCCUCAAAAAUACAGAAUGCUUAUGGGAAUGGUUGAUGCAGUAUUUGCUGAUGUUGCUCAGCCUGAUCAAGCCCGUAUUAUUGCCUUGAAUUCUCAUUUAUUCCUCAAAGAUCAAGGUGGUGUUAUUAUUUCCAUCAAAGCCAACUGUAUCGAUUCAACUGUUGCUGCCGAAGUUGUCUUUGCUAGAGAAGUUCAAAAAUUGAGAGAAGAACGUAUAAAACCCCUUGAACAGUUGACUUUAGAGCCUUAUGAAAGAGAUCAUUGUAUAGUAGUUGGACGUUACAUGCGUAGUAGCUAAGUUAUAUUUAAAUGAUCUGCUAAUGGAAUGCUAUUCUAAUAAAAAGAUUUUUUAGGAUUUACGUUUUUAUUUGUUUUUAUUUGUUUUUAUUUGUUUUUAUUUGUUUUUUU